AUGGCGGACGACGGCAACACGUACCUAACCUAUCGACCGCUUUCGAACCUCCCUACACCUCCCCCGUCAUAUUACAGAGAAGCCAAAUCGCCGAGCACAUUAGCUUCCGGCAGCUUAGAAGAUGGAGAGCCUCUCAUGGCGAAAUUUCGAGGCAUGUCCAGGUCCCGACCGGCCAUUCACCUGGUGAACCUCAUUCCCUCGUCAGCCUCGUUAGCCACGGCCUCUGUGCUCACCGUACAGGCUGUUCUGAGCCGCGCAGACUUGCCCAUCGAGACUGUUGCCCUCGCAGUGUGUAUUCUCGACAGCUUAGACAAGAGGUUCGCCCGAGCGUGGCGGCUCUCCUGUCCAUUGUUGCCAGGAUCCUUGGCCGCCUCGUCAACAAGCAAACGACACACCAUCCCUGCGACUCCUAUCCUGUACCAGCACCAGCAGCACCAGAUGCUGCACAUCGACUCCGUGCCACCGGAGCUCAUCAUCCUUGCAGCGCUUGUCAUUGCCGUCAAGUUCAUCGAGGACCCUCAGCGGCCAACCCAGUAUUAUUGCAAUGAUUGGGGGCACGGCACAUGGUCACACGACCAGCUCAAUGCUACCGAGCGAUGCAUUAUGGAGAGCCUCAACUAUCGAAUCAUGCCACUGUGCGACGAGGACUGCCUGUCCGAUGCCAUGGUAGAUAUGCAGUUGGCCGGAAAGCAGCUGGAUUGGGGCGCAUCCCAUCCCUCACCACCGCAGAGCGUCGCGAGCAGUAGCAGCGGCGACAGCGAAGGCGAUUCCAUGAUUAGCCGCCGUCGUUCAGAGACCAUGGCGCCUUCGACGGCGGCCCUUGGACAUGGCCCGUCGAUGACUCCUUCGGAGCCUCCACGCGCCACGUCCUCGGAAGGCGUGAGUCCACAAGGCGAAACCACGGGAACUUGCUACUUUUCAGAUGACGAAUUUCUUCCAUGA